AUGGUAACCGGAAGCCUGUCGUUCAUCUAUCUUUUGCUAACGCUCGUUUAUGCUGGCAUUGCUCAUAUCAUUUUGCAGCUUUGUUUGAAGAAUCUUAAAGCCAUGGAUAAAGGCCAUCUCUACCAGAACGCACUCAGUUGUGGAUUUAUUGCUGCAAAGGGAAUGUUCUUCAUAAUGUUUGGCUCAUACUAUGAUGACACACAACAACAACAAAAACAAUCCGAUAAAUAA